UAGCAAUUCAAUGUGAACGCUUGUUGCACCAGCUGUCUGUCUGUCUGUCUGUCUGUCUGUCGACUGCAUUGCAUACAGAGCGAGCAAAUUACCUCGAUUUGCAAGUGAAAGUUGCAAAUAUUAGCUCGAUCAAGUGUCUUUCUUUCUUUCUUUCUUUCUUUCUCUUGCGCGGUUCUCUCCAUUUCCCCCGGGUUCAUUCCAGGUGAUGUUGUGCUCACUAUUGGAUUUGCAAGGUUACAAUUUGUCCUAUCCUGUUUUUUCCUGCUAAACUUCGGGGAUGUACAGUUGACGGUGAGCACGACUAAAUGGAGCGUGCAUGUGCAGUAGUGUUUAUCAAUGGACAGUAAACGUAUGUGCAUGUGCAAGGAAGGCGCCGUUGUAUGUCGCCUGGAAAAUGAUGCAUAGAUUGGACCGGACAGGUAGGUGACAGUCACGAUGACUUGAUCGUUCGUCCCUAGGGAUGGAUUUGAGUUUUCAUUUGGACAACCGUGUUGAGCUCGGGGCCUGUAGGAUGAACAUACAGAAAAGAGACAGGGAGGGGGUGAGUGAGUGAGUGCGUCAGCUCCAAGUACCUGUAACCGUCUGCACUCAUGACAUGAUGCCACCAUAUACUGCAGCUAUGGAAAAAAAGUCAUCUGAAAUGAGCCCUUCGAGUUGAAGUCAAGCGAGCCGAAUGAUAAAAUAGCACAAAGGUUCAACAAGUGACGAGGCGGUCCCGGUGCCGCGUGAUAAGGAGGCAGGUGUGCAAGGGAUGGGGAAACAGAAAGAGGAAAAACGGAUUCACCUAACACGACAAGGAUUUUUCUAGGCAAUGCCAAUAGGAAUCGGAUUCUUAUCUCGCAUUUCAUUAACAGGGGCUGAUUCAGAACUGGGCCAUCAUGAUCCCAGUGAACCUUCAUUGGCCGACCAACUUAAUCCCAGCGGUAUCAUGUCGGUGAACCCUCCGAGUAGCAACGACGCCUGCCUCAGCAUCGUCCACAGCCUCAUGUGCCACCGGCAGGGCGGCGAGAACGAGGGCUUCGCCAAGCGGGCCAUCGAGAGCCUGGUCAAGAAGCUGAAAGAGAAGAAGGACGAGUUGGACUCGCUCAUCACUGCCGUCACCACCAACGGUGUCCAUCCCAGCAAGUGCGUCACCAUUCAGAGGACGCUGGAUGGACGACUCCAGGUGGCAGGGAGGAAAGGAUUUCCUCAUGUGAUUUACGCACGCCUCUGGCGCUGGCCCGACCUCCAUAAAAAUGAACUCAAGCACGUCAAGUUCUGCCAGUACGCCUUUGACCUCAAGUACGACAACGUGUGCGUGAACCCCUAUCAUUACGAGAGGGUGGUUUCUCCAGGCAUCGUCGGUCUCAGUCUUCACAACGCAGUGCCGCCCGGUGGUCUGAUCAAAGAAGAGUACAUCCACGACUGUAUCCAAAUGGAUCUCCCGCCCGGCAUGCCGCUAUCUGAGCACCGAGCAGCGCUGAAGAUGCCUCCGCCCGAUCACUACGGCCAAGCCCUGCCUCCUCCGCCGCAUCUGUCGUCCGAGCCUCACGGACCUCCGCCGGUCACCAGAUACACACAGCUGCCCGUCUCACCCAAAGUGUCAAACUCUGGCUCCAUGCUGCCACUCCAGGCCAGUAGCCAUGUUGAUGGGCGCCCCGGGACUGCUUCCCCACAGGUCCAAGCGAUGACACAUUCGCCACGUUCCCCGACUCCAAAUCAGCAACAAGGUCCCCACCCGCCUCAAGCUGCCCACCCACAGCAAUCUUCUCUACCUCCUCAAUCCCACGGACAGAACGGAUAUAGCGGCGGCGGCGGCGGCAGCAAACAUUCUCAGAGCCAGGCUGCCUUCCACACCGUAUGGACAGGCAGCAGCACAGCCUCCUACACUCCCAUCGGACCCCCGCAAAAUGGACGGGCUCAUCAGCCGAGUCCCCUUCACCAUCCAAACCAACAUUGGUCUCAGCACCACGCUUCGAGCUCUUUCCCUCCUUCCGUUUCCAAUCAUCCAGGACCAGAGUUUUGGUGCUCCAUCUCCUAUUUUGAAAUGGACGUUCAGGUGGGCGAGAUGUUCAAGGUGCCGUCCAGCUGCCCCGUGGUGACGGUGGACGGUUACGUGGACCCGUCGGGCGGUGACCGCUUCUGUCUGGGCCAGCUGAGUAACGUCCAUCGCACGGAUGCCAGCGAGAGAGCCCGAUUACACAUCGGUAAAGGGGUGCAGCUGGAGUGUCGUGGCGAGGGCGACGUGUGGAUGCGCUGUAUGAGCGACCACGCCGUCUUCGUACAGAGCUACUAUCUGGACAGGGAGGCGGGCCGAGCCCCGGGCGACGCUGUGCACAAGAUAUACCCCGGAGCCUACAUCAAGGUGUUUGACCUCCGACAGUGCCACAGACAAAUGCAGCAGCAGGCGGCCACGGCUCAGGCGGCGGCGGCCGCGCAGGCGGCGGCCGUGGCGGGAAACAUCCCUGGACCGGGCAGCGUCGGAGGCAUAGCACCUGCAGUCAGUCUGUCGGCAGCAGCGGGGAUCGGCGUGGAUGACCUUCGGCGACUAUGCAUCUUGCGUCUGAGUUUUGUCAAGGGUUGGGGCCCCGACUAUCCCAGGCAGAGCAUCAAACACACGCCGUGCUGGGUGGAAGUCCACCUUCACCGGGCUUUGCAGCUUCUGGACGAGGUCUUGCAUACCAUGCCCUUAUCUGAUCCGGGGCCUGCUAACUGAGACAUGCGGCUCGGUUGAAUGCGCUGGCUGGCUCGUUCGCACAGAUCCAAUCCUUUUGCCUGAUACCAAAUAGAAAGGGAUUCCAAUGAAAAGA